CGCGGUGACUCAAUUGCGACACGUGGCAUGGUUGGGCAGACAAAGUUUGUGUGCUUGUCAUUAUAGCGUUGGACAUGCAUGGAUGAUACACCAUUCUAUCAGGCCAGGAGCACAUUGUACAAUAUUGAUCAAAUGGAGAGAAGGCAGUCUGGUCGAGUUGCAAAGUGUUGUGGCUGAUUGUCGUUGUGCUGCAUCCUCGCUGUGCCCGCAGUUUGGCCGUGAGCCCGAAUCUUGCCUCGAGGGGCCGGAGCGCGUCAAAUGUUUCCAUGAUCGACCGUAGCCUGGCUCCUCUCCUCCCCCGGCUGCGCUUCGGCUCCGGCAUCGCCCAAGCCAAUCAGAGCAGCAGCACAUUGCUAGAAACAUCGAGAUCCGAGAGGCUCGUGACGCUGGGUCCGAUGACGUCGUCACGAAACGUGAAUACGACCUACUUGGUAGGUACUAUACAUACUUCGACAAGUCCAAUCGACUGCAUUUCUCUCUGCCAGAUACAACUAACUGAAUAAACCAUUGAGGGACGUUGCAACUCCAUCUUCAUUCCACAAACACAUCACCAAAACAACACAAGACAAGACAACAACCAUCAAAAUGCCUCGAGGAGCAGAGUACGACAACGGUGUCCCACAGUCCGACAACGCCGUGGAGGCCGGCCACAACAUUGUCCACGGGGAUGGAAAGCCAACCUCAGAAUCCGACGUUUCACGGUCCCACAAGACCGCACCGCUGCCCGAGGGCUUGAAAGAGAGUCAUGACGAGACUCACAGCGGGGGUGGAAGCCGGGGACUCCAGGGCCACACCGGCAGCGGAAAGGGCGGCCAUGAGCCCAAGAGCGUCGGACAACACAAGGAAGUUCGACAAUAAAGAACCCAACACUUGAGUCACGACUGGUCAUCGAUCGAUGUCUUUGGGGGUCGCCAGUCGGGCUGUAACAUAUGGCGGUUCAUAUGGCAUUGAUGUCAACAUGCCUGAGCAUGCCUUUUGAACAAGGAUACUCAGAGGGGCCUUGGAUGUAUGUGUAUACACACCACCUGCCCACUCCGUCUCCAUCAUGAACCUCCGAAACGAGGUGAAGAGAUGGAGACUAUUUUCGGCACAGCUGUCGCAAAUCGGAAUGAAAGAUAAUUUGAAACAACAGACCAGAAUACUAGUACUGUACCCGACAAGAUGUUGCUGUAGAGAACAACUAAGUGAGCACCUGAGACAUGACCCCUUUCCCCUGGCCCUCAAUGGUCGCGAUGCGGGUUCGUGAUCGAGACGGUCGAGACUUCACGAGCUGAGCCCAUGGUCAGAUCACACGUUGGGCAAGAAUACUAAUGAUGGCUACUACCUGUCGGUAUAGGUUCGUAGAUCAUUGAUAGCUUCAAACUCCCUGGCUACAGUGCAGCAUGUACAGGUCCCGUCUCUCAUGCUGAUCCAUGCCGUCGUCCACUGCGGAUACAACAACUAUAUGUACACGGAAACUCGCUCGAAUACUACAGUUGUAAAAUCCAUCUUAUCGCAAAUCCCAUGUAGAUAGACAAAUAACCGAAAUGCAGUGCCUCUUCUCUAACGCCUUGCUCCCCUGACCGCUUUGCUUCGCCGCCCUAGCACAAAUUCACAUAUUGCCGGCGUUGCCCAGCGUCCAAAAAAAGGCAACAAAAAAAAAAAAAAAAAAAAGA